CAUUUUAUUUUAGUGUUUUGUUAAAAGUUGACACAGUUCUAGAUUCGUGGUCGAAGUGUUAAGGUAACAUUUUAAAGCAAAAUCAAAGAAAUCAUCAAAUUGAACCAGACCAUUUGGAUAAAUAGAUUAAAAUCAAAGUAAAACAACCAAACUCCAAAAAUGACGCGCAAUUCCGUCAUAAUUACGUUAGGUGUAUUAUUUGUAAUUGCCAACGUAGGACCCAUAUAUGCUGCUGAUAAUACUACACAAAAGGCAGUGCCUUUACAGAAUACGAAUUCAACAGCUGCAACUGUAGCAACAACACAAGCUCCUACAAGCACAGUAAAGCCAAAAAUUGUAAUAAAAGACAGUGAAUUGUGUAAAAAAUGUUCGUGUGAUAUUCAAUAUCUACAAAUCGAUUGUAGCAACAAAUCAAUGAAUACUUUGUUCUCCGAUGAGGAAUGGCAGACAUUACAAAAUGGCGAUGUGUUAUUUGAAAUAAUGAAUCUGAAUCACAAUAACAUUUCAUAUAUUCCCGUUUUGCCAACAUAUCCGGUUAAAUCAUUGUAUCUAAGCUUUAACAAAAUCAACAACAUUAGCAUUGGAGCGUUCCAAAAUCUGUCCCAACUGACAGUUUUGGACUUGUCGAGUAACAAAUUAACAUCAAAAUCCCUUAAACCACAUGUCUUUAAGGGGAUGUAUGCCGCUGAUAAAUAUGAACCCUUAAAGAAUUUAAGAACACUUGAUUUGGCAGAUAAUGAUUUACACACCUUGAACAAGGAUCUAUUUGAGCACUUGCCUGAUUUGGAGACAUUAAUUUUAUGCAAAAAUACUUUCCAUGAAAUCGAUCCGAGUACUACGAUUGCGAUAGCAAGUUUGAAUUCCUUAAAAACUUUGGAUUUAUCUUAUAUGGAACUUAGUGCGCUACCCGAUUCUCUAUUUCACAGUCCCAUUGAGUUGGAAACUCUAAUUUUAUCCGGCAACUCAUUCCAUACUUUGCCUAUAGCUUUGAGCCGAACCAAACACUUGAAGAAAUUAGUCUUAGAUGAAAAUCCUUUUGAUGAUUUUGAUAAAACCAAUAUAUUCAAGUCAUUAGGGGAAUUGGAGUAUUUGAGUAUUUCUUAUUUGCCAGACGUUACUAAAAUUGGACCUUGGGCCUUAAGCGAUUUGCAGAAUCUAACUACUUUGAUUGCUAUCAACAAUCCUCAUUUGUCAAGUAUACAUGAAUUGGCGUUCACUAAGAACACUACAAAUCCCGAUAUUUUCGAUUAUCCACCAUUAAAAAAACUCUAUUUACACAACAACAACCUUACAACGAUUGAACAUAAUUGGGUGGUUAAUUGGCAGAAAAUUACUGAAAUCGAUUUACGCUUCAAUCCAUGGGCCUGUGAUUGUACCAACAGUUGGUUUAUACAUUCGUUGAUGAAACAAAUAAAUAAUACCACACCGGUACUAACAAAAAAUGUCAACUGCGCCACUCCAUCGGCUUGGAAAAACAAGCCUCUUCUGGAGUUGAGUGCAGAUAACAAAGAACUAAUUUGCGAAAAUACCAGUCAUCCUGGAAACGAUAGUUUAAUCUUAGUCGGUAUAUUAGUGGGUGUUUUGAUUGGUAUACCAUUAACUUUAGGUGGUUUGGUUAUUUACCGCAAGGGUUGCUUUGGUUUACUUAAUCGUCAUAAACAUGGUACCGAUCGUUCCUUAUAUAAUCGUGCUAGUUUUGCUGAUGAAUUCCAUAUUUAAAAGUUUUUACUUUAAUAUAAUUAUAUUAUAAAUAUUAACACACAAAAAACUUGUAAAUUUUCGCAAACUUUUUUUUACAAUAGAACAAGUUAUGUACCAUUAUGUAUAUGU